AUGUACGCUGAUGAUAGCAUUCCACAUCAAGCAGCAGAGACUGCCAGCUUAAUAUCUCGAAAUCUGCAAGAUUUGCUAAAUGUUGAAAAUUGGGUUGAUAAGAGUCGCCUAGUGCUAAACGAAGAGAAAUCUAAGAGUAUCCUUAUUGGUAGUCGCCAAAAGUUGAAAAAGGAGGAACCUUUGAUCUUAACUAUUAAGGACAAAAGUAUUAAUCAACUUUCGUCAGUCAAAUUACUGGGUGUACAUGCGGAUGAAACUCUGAGAUGCAAACCUCAUUGCGAGUCUCUCCUAAAAAACUGUUCAAGAUCACUUGGUCUAUUAUAUAGAUUCUGA